GGAUCACAAGUUGGGGUAUCUACCACGUGUCAUAUCAUUCUCCACGUUAACGGGUUAUGAUAUAAAAUUACAACACAUGGGAUUAAAAAUCGAAACACUGUUGCCUGACCCCUGUAAGGCAUCAAUAACGAAUGUGUUUGUGUCCGAUGAUAGUAUAUAUAAAAACCCAAUUCACUUGUACAAUACAUAAUUCGGAUUUACAACAUGAGGAGAGCUGUUGCUUGUUUCGCUUUGUUGGGUUUUCUUGCGUCCGUUUCGACACAUGGACCUUUGGCAGGGCAUUCUGUGGUCCGUGUGGUUCCAGAGACCGAGCUCAUGCUAACCAUUCUACAGAGCUUACUAGCACAACGGCAGAGUAUCGACGUAUGGAAAGAACCAGCGUGCGUUUAUUGCGCAGUCGACAUUCAUCUGACACCGUUGGAGUUUGAUGACGUCAUUUCCGCUCUGAGAGAGCACGGUUUUGAGCCGAAAAUCCUCAUCGAUGACGUCCAGAGUUUACUCGAUUCUCAGCGAAGACCUCUUAAGUUCAAGCCAGGGUCAGCAGUUUUCGACUACGGCAAAUACCACACUCUAGACGAGAUCAACGGCUGGGUUCUGAACAAGACGAACGUGUACAAGGAAAUAACAUCGCUCUUCAACAUUACCAAGUCCUACGAAGGCAGGAUGAUGACUGGACUCAAGAUCAGCACCCCGUCCCCGUUCACCAAGCCCGCGUUCUUCAUCGAGUCAGGGAUUCACGCCCGAGAGUGGAUCUCUCCGGCCACGGCCAUAUACAUGUUCGGUCAGAUGUUGGACCGGUACAAGAUCGACUCGGACAUAACUAAAAUGGUUGACAUGUUCGACUGGUAUCUACUUCCGGUCACCAACCCUGAUGGGUACGCUUUCACGUGGACAGGCGACAAGAACCGGCUUUGGAGGAAGACCCGAUCUAAGCACGGCCUGUGCUACGGCGUCGACCCCAACCGGAACUGGGACAUGCAUUGGUCAAGUGGAGGGGCGAGCAAGGACCCAUGCUCGGACGAGUUCUGCGGCCCAUCGGCGUUUUCGGAAGUGGAAGUAAAAGGGGUAGCAAAUUUUCUGCAAGGGAUCAAAGGCUUGAAGGGGUUCAUCGACUUUCACAGCUACUCGCAGCUCUGGAUGUCGCCCUGGGGGUACACAAAAAAGCUUCCCACUGAUUUCAAACAGCAGGACGCGGCCUCAGCGGCCGCCACGGACGCUCUUGAGAAAGUGUAUGGCACCAAAUACGAGCAUGGCAGUAUCGCAAACACUAUUUAUAUCGCGAGUGGAAGCAGCGCCGAUUGGACCUACGGCAAGAUUAACGUCAAGUACUCGUUUGGCGUGGAACUCCGCGAUACGGGCAAGUACGGGUUUUUGCUACCGGAAGACCAGAUCAUAACGUCGGGAAUUGAGACGCUACAAGGACUAAUGGCAUUGGCCAGUUACGUGAAAGAUAACUGAGAAGGGGGCGGGAGAUGAAAAUCAUCAAUUCGUAUUGAUCUCCAAAAUGUCCCAUACCUUUUGGGUUAUUAAUAAAUAUUGCAACAGCAAGACAACGAC